CGUUGGUAUUGGACGCCCUGAGAUUGUCACUGCUGCGGGAUUUGAACUCACGACUGGAAUAAGAGAAAGGCGUUCUCCUGCCUCAGGAUGUUGCCUUUAAAGCUGAAGAAGUGGGUUUCCUGUGGAGGAAACGAUCAGAGAAUAGACAAGGCUUGGUGGAGACACGGUGUUCCCAACAUUUUCUGAGUACAGGUCACCCAGCUGCAGAGCGGGCAGGACGCUUCUGUGGAACAAAGUCGCUCUUACCGCCUUUAGAGGUGUUUGUUUCCCCUGAUGGAUCCUGGAUGCUGGUUGAUAGACAGCACGAAAUUUGAGCCUGACCUUUUCUACAGAAGAAUGCAUUUAUGAAUAUUACUCAACGGACAAAAGACAAGUGGAUGCAACCGAGACUUCUUCCCUUUUCUUUUGCUUUGACUGAAUGAAUGGGUAUUUCUAUACCGGCUCAUUAUACUGCAAGUAUCAGUCCAUGUCUGAGUAGGGUCACCUCUAGUUUCCCAUGUCAGGUGCAUGAGCUGCAGAGACAUGUCCAAUGACAGCUGCAACCUCCCCUUGGACACAGAUACAUUUGGCCUGACCUGCAUCUAUGGCCUGAUCUUCUCUUUGGGUCUCCCCAGCAACCUGCUGUCUCUCUGGGGACUGUACCACCUUGGCCGCUCAGGUGGUGGAGGCUGCCAGCUGGUCUACAUCCUCAACCUCCUGCUUUCAGACCUCCUUCAGCUGCUCACCCUACCACUGUGGAUCCUUUAUCUCCAAGGUGCGCACCGCUGGCCCUACGGCCAGCUAACCUGCGAGCUGGUGGGAUAUGUGUUUUACGUAAACGUGUAUGCCAGUGUCAUGUUCCUGUGCCUGAUAGCGGUGGACCGCUUCCUGGCCAUCGUGUACCCGCUGAGCAGCCGAAGGGUGCGGAGUGUCAGGGUGGCAGCCGUAUCCGGUGUGGCAGUUUGGAUCCUCACCUUCCUGUUCUGCCUGAGUGGGCUGCUGCCGUCAGUGUUUGACUCUGACAGACUGCUGUGUCUGGAGCAGUACCCAGUCAGCCCCGGAUAUGCCCACUUCAAGAUCACCACUGUGGCUCUCGGCUUUCUGCUGCCAUGUGUCAUAUUAGGCUACACUUCAGCCCACAUUGGGGUGACACUCCGACGAUCUCCUUCCCUCUCCAACCAUGAGCGGCACAAAAUCGUGGGCAUCCUAGUCGUGAUCACCGUCAACUUCAUCGCUGUGUUUGGACCCUAUCACCUCGUGGGUGGAUACAGGUUCGUGUCCUUGCUGCUGACCGAUGAGCCGUGUGGAUUGGAGCGCUCCAUUUUCCUCAUCUAUCGUCUGUGUUACGGUCUGACCAGCCUCAACACCCUGCUGGAUCCGCUCUUCUACAUCUUCUUGUGCCCUGAUGCUCGGCUAGAGCUACAAAGGUCCCUGCCCUGUUUGGGAAGGGGGCAAAACACCAGCAAAAAGAUCACACUCAGACUCCGAGCUCACCCAGACAACCAGAGGGAGGGUGAAACUGGACAUAAUAAUCUUCUAGCAUAAUAUAACUUGGAUUUGACUGUGGAGCUGACUCAUGGUAUUUAGUCAAGCCAACUGUGCCACCCAGUGGAAAUGCAUGUGUACAGUUUCUGUUCACUGUGAGAUUCACCUUUGAGUGACUACACCAAUUUGCCUGUUUCAACUUCCUGAGCUAAAACAUUUCCACUAGCUCUCACGAAUACAUACAGUUUCCGAAAAUAGAAUCAUAUCGGUGUAGCACGUAGAUUACAAAGAAGAUAAAGAAAGAUAAGAAAAAAAGAUCCUAAACUGUUGCUUACAUAAACUCUACACUAUAAAAUUAUACAUGGGAUUACAAUGUUUCAUAUCUGACAAAAAUCCGCUCUUUUGUGAUUUUCAUACCCAUUGUAGCCUCAAACUAGACAUACACAGCCAAAUAGAAUACACUUUAUCUGAUUAAUGUAUUUACCAGAUUUGUUUGAAGAGUAUGGCCAGUGUAUGGAAAUCAGCCGUUGUGGUUAUCUCACAAUUUAACUGUUUGUUUUUUUUUACUGCUGUGUUUACAACGAUUAAAAAUUCAUGUUUUAUCACUUGA